AUGACAAAUGAGAGAUGCGGCGGGGAGGCCUCAGCUGAUUUAUCAAAGGGUAUUGUUUUAACAGUAUGAAUUAUUAUGAUAAAUAAUUUCAAUUUGCCAUACAAUAACUCCGAGCUGGGAAAAUUAUUAUUUUAUAAGUGACAUCAGCAAAACUCAGAUGAAUCGGUGGAGCCAUUAAGCCAUAAACGAGGAAGUACUGCGUCAUUAUUUUUAUCUGCAAUUUAUCUAAAUAACGAUGGCUUUGCCAUUAGCGCAGCCUGCAGAAGUGCUCCGAGCGUGGCAGAAAGACGACCAAUACGAAAAGGAGCUUGCCGAGAAGUUAUCAAAACUUCUGCCCCCACAACAUGCCUCAAAGGCCAUUCCCAGUUCGUCUAUACUAUACAAGUCCUUCACAACAUUAAAGGACCUCCAAACAUUAGGAGAAGAAUACUCCGGCAUCGUGCAAGUCGACGAAAGUUACCACAGACUACCUACAUAUUACACUCGACUGGCCAGCAUCAUUUUAUCAGCUUUCGGAGAAUCCAUUACACACAGACUCCUUUCAAACUUAGAGAAACAGAUUGAACAAAAUGGAUCUUUAAGACCUGAAGCACAGAACUUGUUUUUAGUCAUUGUUAAAACACUGAAUAAUAUUGUUCCACAGAUAGAAAGUAUUCAUAGAGCAUUGUCAUAUAUCAGAGGUGGUCCGUUAAAAAUUGGUAAGACUGUUACAAGCAUAGACUAUGUCCACGUGAGACCUGCCGCAGCAGCUUAUUAUGCCCAUUUGAGAUUAUUAGGCAUUGUUACAUUGCUGCAUGCAUUUAUAUCCUGUGGUCAAAAAAUAUAUUUGGCAAAAAAACAUAUUGAGCAGAUGAGAGAGCUUCCCAAUGAGGUGGAUAAUGGAAAAGCCUGUGUGGCAUGCUUGGAGGAGAUGUUACAGCCUUGUGUUCUACAGUGUGGACAUAUAUUCUGUAUGCAGUGCUGUUAUGGCUUGCUGGAAAGCUGUGCGCUGUGCCGAACACCUUUUACCAAGAAUACUGUUGUACCUCUGAUGAACUACUAUCCUGGUUCUUGAAUUUAUGAAUAUAUUAGUGAAUAAAAGCUUUAAAUAUUGUUAUAAUUGGUUUCCAUGUUUUAAGGUGAAGGAUGUUGAAUAAAAAUCUAUUUUAGAUAACACAAUUUA